UUUAGGUACAUCGACCGGUUGGGCAGUCUAGUCUGUCUCGUUGCAGGUGUACGAACGAAGACCACGCGAGCGAGCGAUUUAACCAGCAAACAAAAAAAACAUGUCUAUUAUCCAGCAACACUCCCAAGCCUCGCUAAGCGAUGCCUGGCGAACCAUCAAUAUCGACGCCCUAGAUCCAGACUCCUCACAGAACUUCGAUACUUCGACCCUCCACCCCCCGUUACCCGAGGUCGGCGAGGCUGAAGUUAGGCAGCUGAACGCACAGAUACGGCAGCUACUGCGAGGCGGUGACUCCGAAGGCGCUUUAAGGGGCUGCCUCGAAAGCCCGGUGUACAACGGGAGUGACUCGGCCAAGGAUGCACACCUGCAGACCGUAGUUGAGGUCUUGCAAUCGAUUAAGGCGAGCGAGAUGACACCGAUGUUGCAGCGAAUCUACGGCUCGGAAGGCGGGAGUGAACUGCUAGAUGUGUUGACAAAGUAUCUAUAUAAAGGCAUGUCAGGAGGAUCAUCGAAGGAAGGACACAAGACACCCACGCGGAACUUAACUCCGCAGGCUACAGGAUUUAGCCAGAUCGGGUCGAGAAAUGUUACCGUGAAUGAAAACACAGGUGCAGCUAUGAGUGUGUUAUUGAGCUGGCAUGAGAAGGUCGUCGAUGUUGCAGGACUAGGCAGCAUAGAACGAUGCAUGACGGACUGGCGUAAGGUUUAAAGCCAGGAUUACUAUUAGAAAUGGGAUCACGAGUUUGCUCUGCAUUUCCGGUUCUUGCGUGCUUGUUGCUUGCUGCUAUGUCAUUGAGCGUGGAUUCUAUUUAGGUGCGCUACGCGUAAAGGCGCGUCCUUCCCUUUCUCCCUCCUAUUUUAUUUACGUUGUGUACAUAGAAGGUAUUAGACAUCCACAUAUUGCCAUUUUAUUCUGUGGAAGGUGCGCCUACCUGGGUUUCUACGCAUACAUAUUACAUAGCGUUGGUGUUUAACGCACCUGCCUUGGAUUCUUGAUACAACUAAGGUUUUGAAGAUUUACA